UAUGGGUGAGAUUGUGUCAAAUUAAUUGUUUGUAGCUGGUUAUAGUCGUGCAAAAAUAACUGAUGAAAAGGAUAUCAAGAAUAUCUUCAAAAAAUAUGGUACUAUAAAAAAUGUUGCUUACAAGGGUUCCUAUGCCUUUGUUGUAUGAAAUCUUAUUCUAUUUAAAUAGACCUUUUCAUCAGAAUCUGAAGCUGAAAAUGCUCUUAAAGCACUUAAUGGAUAAUAGAUUAAUGGAUAGAAACUCAAAGUUAAUAUUGUAGAUAAUCGAAAAGGACGUAGAAAUGGACCUUAAGAAAAUGAUGAAUGUUUUAGAUGUAAGAAAGGAGGACAUUGGUAAAACUGAUUAUUUUAUAGAUUAAGGGCUAGAGAGUGUCCAAAUGAAUCAUCGCCAAAAAGAAGGAAUUAUGAUAAUUAAAGAUCACGGUAUUUUUUUGAUUUUAUUGAUUGUACAGAUAUAGAAAAACAAGAAGAUCAAACUCAAGAUCCCAUUCAUAAUCUUCAUAUUAAUCUUCUCACUCUAGGGGAAAAAGAGACUCUAAAAAAGGAAAUAGAUACAGUAGAAGAAGUAGAAGUCCAAAAAGAGAUUAAAAGAGAUAGAAAAGUACCAGUCAAAAGAGAUCCAAUACAAAUUCAAGUUCCAGAUCAUAAGUUAAGAAUAGAUAGAGAUAAUCACAUAGAUCAUCUCUAUCUAAAUGAAAAAUGGUCAAAAUAAAGAAAAAGAAAUUAGAAAUUAAAUCAAUAGUCUUUUUCAGUUUUUUAUUCCCUUUCCUAUAAUUUCUAGACAUCUUUUGCUAAUUCAUAGAAAUACAUUUAAUAUGUUUAAAUUCUUAAGCAAUAGAAAUAAUAAAUAAAUUUUGUAUAUAAAUAUAUUUUUUUAAGACAUUUUUACUAUUAUUUAUUCAUAGAAAAAAUGAAUGAAAGAUUUGAGUAAAAUCUAUAAGAGAUUCUUUAGAAAGAUUGUUUAACAUAAAACAAAAAUCUACUUCUCAAAGGAUAAAUUGAGUUAUUGAAAUUGCAAAUAAGAGAUUAGAAAUUAAUCAAACAAUAACAAGAUUAAGAAUUAAAAGAAAUAGAAAAGAAAUAAGUUAUGCAAAAUUUAAAAGAAGAAUAAUAGAAGUAGAUUGAAGAAAAAGAGAUUUAAUUAAUUAAAUAAAAAAGAGAGCUUCAUCUAAGAUAAGAUGCAUGUGAAGACUUAUAAUUUGAAAUUGAAUAAUAAUAUUAGCAUCUUAAAAUACAAUAAGAAAAUCAUAAAAUUUUAGAUGAAUCAAUCAAAAGACUUAUGGAUUGUAUUUAAAAAUCUAAAAAAUCACCACUCAAAAAUUAGCAAUUUCAUAACAGAGUAGCUACAUCUCAUUCAUUUGAUGAUCGAGUCAAUCCUUUUGGAAUUAUGGGAAUGCUAAAGUCUAAAAAUAAUGUUGAUGAUUAUAUACAGAAAGUAGAAAAAAUUAAUACUUCUAGACUAUAUGAUCAUUGA